UGUGGCAAGGAGUUCCACAGCAGCUCAUAGUUCCAAAGUAGUUAAUCUUCUCAGAAAUGUUUCACAUCCCAUGCCCGCAAAGGUACCGGAUAUAUACUGGGAAGCUAUUAACCUUGCGUCAUAGAAAUGGCCAGAAAAACAAUCACACUCAACAACGGGCAGGCGAGCGGCUAUGAGGAUAAAACUUUCCAUUCCCGUGUAGGCAAACCCUUAACUUCUGUGGCAGAAUAACUGCAUACUAUAAGGUUUUCCGGCGGCGGGGAGUGGGGAAAGGAUGCCUUCCGAGCUUCCAGUUAAAGACUGGCGAAGCCAGAGCUCCCCUUGCUUUGCUCUCUCUCUCAAUGGUCCGCGUGUGUAAAAGGUCCCUCCUUCCCACCGGCUAAGAAAAGCCCCCUCCCUCCUUUCCCCGGAUGUCUCAGAGUCUCCUCGCUGCUCCCACAAGGCCGCUCUCUCGCAGGCUGAGGCCCGAGGUCCUCAGAGCGCUGACGGCAGAGGCCUCGCCACCUCCUUCGGCCCUCUCGGCACGGGCGAAGCGCUUUAAAAGCGAGGCCCGAGUCCGACUGCGAGAGAAGGAGAAAGGCCGCCGCCACCGCCACCACAGCCAGCGGGGGAGGCCGGCCUACCGCGUCUCUGUGCUCUCGCUUGUCCCGCAGUUCCUACUGACCGACGACGGCGGCGACGGCGUCGUUGAGGUCACGACGACGGCAGCGGCGGGGUCAGAGGGUAAAGGUCGCUCCCCCAGCAUCCUUCGUGCGGGGUGCUCAGCCAUCUUGGAUCCUCGGGACAAGAAAAUUCAUGCGGUGACAAACAGCAUGUUUGGUGCUUCAAGAAAGAAGUUUGUAGAGGGGGUCGACAGCGACUACCACGAUGAAAAUAUGUACUACAGCCAGUCUUCGAUGUUCCCACAUCGAUCAGAAAAAGAUAUGCUGGCAUCACCAUCAACAUCAGGUCAGCUGUCUCAGUUUGGGGCAAGUUUAUAUGGGCAACAAAGUGCACUAGGCCUUCCAAUGAGGGGAAUGAGCAACAAUACCCCUCAGUUAAAUCGCAGCUUAUCACAAGGCACUCAGUUACCGAGCCACGUAACGCCAACAACAGGGGUACCAACAAUGUCACUUCACACGCCUCCAUCUCCGAGCAGGGGUAUAUUGCCUAUGAAUCCUAGGAAUAUGAUGAACCACUCCCAGGUCGGUCAGGGCAUUGGAAUUCCCAGCAGGACAAACAGCAUGAGCAGUUCAGGAUUAGGCAGCCCUAAUCGAAGCUCGCCCAGCAUAAUCUGUAUGCCAAAGCAACAACCCUCUCGACAACCUUUUACUGUGAACAGUAUGUCUGGAUUUGGAAUGAACAGGAAUCCGGCAUUUGGAAUGAAUAACUCUUUAUCAAGUAAUAUUUUUAAUGGAACAGAUGGCAGUGAAAAUGUGACAGGGUUGGACCUUUCAGAUUUUCCAGCACUAGCAGACAGAAACAGAAGGGAAGGAAGUGGCAAUCCAACUCCAUUAAUAAACCCUCUAGCUGGAAGGGCACCAUACGUUGGAAUGGUAACAAAACCAGCAAGUGAGCAAACCCAGGACUUCUCAAUACACAACGAAGAUUUUCCAGCAUUACCAGGCUCCAACUACAAAGAUCCAACAUCAAGUAAUGAUGACAGUAAAUCUAAUUUGAAUACAUCAGGUAAAACAUCAUCUAGUGCAGAUGGACCGAAGUUUCCUGGAGAUAAAAGUUCCACAACGCAAAACAACAACCAGCAGAAAAAAGGGAUCCAAGUGUUACCUGAUGGUCGGGUUACCAAUAUUCCUCAAGGGAUGGUGACAGAUCAGUUUGGAAUGAUUGGCUUGUUAACAUUCAUCAGGGCAGCAGAGACAGAUCCUGGCAUGGUACAUCUCGCAUUAGGAAGUGACUUGACAACUCUAGGUCUCAAUCUCAACUCUCCUGAAAAUCUUUAUCCAAAAUUUGCAUCGCCGUGGGCUUCUUCACCUUGUCGACCUCAAGAUAUAGACUUCCAUGUUCCAUCUGAAUACUUAACGAACAUUCACAUUAGGGAUAAGUUGGCUGCAAUAAAGCUUGGCCGCUACGGGGAAGACCUUCUGUUCUAUCUCUAUUACAUGAAUGGAGGAGAUGUAUUACAGCUAUUAGCAGCAGUAGAGCUAUUUAACCGAGAUUGGAGAUACCACAAAGAAGAGAGAGUAUGGAUUACCAGGGCACCAGGCAUGGAACCAACAAUGAAAACCAAUACAUACGAGAGGGGAACAUAUUACUUCUUUGACUGUCUUAACUGGAGAAAAGUAGCUAAGGAGUUCCAUCUGGAAUAUGACAAACUAGAAGAAAGGCCUCAUCUGCCAUCCACCUUCAACUACAACCCUGCUCAGCAAGCCUUCUAAAGACUUCCCUUGUCUUGGGGUAUGGCUGUCUCAGCACAAUACUCAACAUAACUGCAAAACUGAUGUGGCUCAGGCAUCCUGGUUUUAAUUCUUUUUGAGGAUCUGGCAAUUGGCUCAUGCAAAAGGGUCACCAUUUGAAUUCCUGCCUUACUAAUUAUGUGCUGCCCAACAACUAAAUUUAUAAUUUGUUUUUCUUUAGUUUGAGCAGGGUCAGAUUUCUUUUUAUUUUAAUUUUUUGCCAGCAGACAAGCUUGGGUCUGUAAAGACAAGCAAGUACACUGACAAAAGUUUACCACUUAGUUUCCAAAAUGUGUAAAAAAUAUAAAAAAGGAAAAAAAGCAGAAAUAGACAAUAAAAUUUACAUUGUUCAUUGUAGCACUCUUGGUAAUAAAAAAAAAUGUUUGUGCAUUUUUAUGUGAAGAUCCUUCUCGUAUUUCAUUUGGAAAGAUGAGCAAGGUCUGCUUCCUUCAUUUUACUUCCCCUUCAGUUUUCGAAAAGGCAGUUUUCGCCAACUUAAUGCAAGAAUAUCUGACUGUUUAGAAGAAAGAUAAUGCCACAGCCUUUGGUUCAUUUCCAAGGUUGUGUGUUACUGAGCUUCAUCUUUCCAGAAUGAGCAAAACACUGUCCAGUCUUUGUUACGAUUUUGUAAUAAAUGUGUACAUUUUUUUUAAAUUUUUGGACAUCACAUGAAUAAAGGUAUGUAUGUACGAAUGUGUAUAUAUUAUAUAUAUGACAUCUAUUUUGGAAAAUGUUUGCCCUGCUGUACCUCAUUUUUAGGAGGUGUGCAUGGAUGCAAUAUAUGAAAACGGGACAUUCUGGAACCGCUGGUCAGGGGACGUCUUUGUCGCCCUGUGCACUAAAGGGCCAGAUUUCAGCAGCCAAGGACAUCCAUACCCAAGUGAAUGUGAUGGGACUUAACAAAGUGAACUGAGACAAUUCACUCUGGCUGUUUGAACAGCAGCGUUUCAUAGGAAGAGAAAAAAAAAAGAUCAAUCUUGUAUUUUCUGACCACAUAAAGGCUUCUUCUCUUUGUAAUAAAGUAGAAAAGCUCUCCUCACUGCAGUGUUGACUUUGAUUUGAGAUUGUGAUAUCACUCCUUCAGCAAUGAAAAAAUCGAAAAAGUUGAAGUAUUAAAAUACAAGGAUAUAAAGUAAUUGUGGCACUUAAAAUUAAGAGUCUUUUUGCUGCUGACACUUCAUUGAAUAAGACUUGCGUACCUUUUCACUGUAGACCUGACCAAACAUGUUGUCAUGUCAAAACAGGCUAACAUAAUGAAGCAAUGUAUUUUUAGCAGUGGGGUUGGGUAAAAUGGGCAAUCAUGGAAGAUGGUCCAAAAAUUCACAUUGAAAUAAUCUACUUUCUGUUAUAAAUAUGUUGUUUUAAACUUUUGGCAAAAGAAGUUACAUUUCAUUUUGAUGCCUACUUUUUUCUCAUGAGGUUCAAUAAACCAACAUGAAUAACCUUUUGUUUGUGAAAGGCACUGUAACUAUUCUCUCAAAAAGAGAUAGUGUGUGUCCCUUUUUAUUAACACAUUUCAUUCAGUCUACUGUAUAUUGCAAUAGGACGUUAUAAGUUAGUACAUCAUACUGGAAAUUACCAAAGUGAGAAAAGACAGCAAAAUAAUGUCAGUGAAAUGUUUAGCUUACACUUUUUUCUGUGUAGUUGAAAAGAUAUUUGUUGGCUUUUUUCUUGAGUGACAUUGGGGAAUCAGCUGCUAAUGACCUUGCUAUAUUUCUAUAUCAGAUGUACAGCAAAUAAAAAUCCUAAAUUUU